UAACGUCGGAAUAUUAAUUAUCGAAGGAAAAUAUUUAUAUGAAAGUAGUAUAUAGAAGAAAAAAAUUUACAUACAGUUUUUUAAGUCUCUAUAUAUAAUAUUUUUAAAAUAUUUUAAUAAAAAAAUUCUAUAAGCCUUUAAAUUUUCUCUAAUAUUAAUCGAAAAAUGGUUACAAUACAGAAGAAAAUUGUGGUGGAUUUUUUAAAGUAAUAAAAACAAUCAUAUAUAGUGAAAAAUUUGUCUAUUGGAUAUAAUAUAUAUUAAGGAGAAAAUUCUAUAAUUAUUAUUCAAUGGAAUAAGAAGAACCUCUUGGAAUUGAAUUCCCCAGUAAAAAGAGAAGCAGCAUUAUGAGCAGAGCGUCAGUUACCGUAGCUGCCCAACCCUGAUUAUAUACAUAGCUCAUCUCGACGCUGUUUGCUGUCUUUCCCGUGUUCGUUUCUCAUCAGAAAAAGUUUAAAAUCUUCGAAGCGAAGUCGAUUCAAGAAAAACUGCGACCCUUUUGGUCAUCCAGAAUGGAGACUCAUCAUCCAAUAAAAUGUCACUUAUGUGGCGAAACAAAAAAACUCAAGAGAUGUUCAUCGUGCAGAAUGAUCUCUUACUGCGGCAAGGAACAUCAAAUGGAACAUCGUGCAGAGCACAAAAAAUUAUGCAAAAUAAUCACCGAGAUUUUCAAAGCAAAGGGAAAAUCACACAUUUACGAAAAUAUGGACCAAGCAGAAUUUUUUGAAGAAAAAUGUCGAAUUAUUGCCGAAGUCGAGGCAAAAUUAAAACGUCCAUUAAAUGCACAAGAACUUAUGCUUCUCGCACAGCCACGUUUGUGCUUCAUUUGUCGUGAGGCAAAUCAAGAUAAGUUAAAAACAUGCCAAAAGUGUUUAAUCGCAAGUUUUUGCGAUUUGCAUCCAUCGAGUCAUAUUCACGAGAGAUUUUGCAUUAUUCAAAGUGCCGAAAUCACUAGAGAAACAGCAUUUAAAUUCGAUGCGAAUUCUAACAUUAAAUCACAAAUAAAUUCAUUUUUAAAAGGAAUGAAGGACAUGAAACAAGACGAUUCUCUACCAAAGUCGAUGAUCGAUUUUUUCGAUUCUUUCACAAAGGAAAAAAUUUCAGCUAAGGAUAAAAUUCUACUCUCGGAAUACUUUAGUAUUCCAUUGACAAUUUGUAGUUCAUUGAGAACAUUAUUUUCCACAAUACCAUCGAAAGUACAGAUUCAUUUAAAAUCCCGACACUGUCCAUGGACAAUAUUUGCUUUCGAAUUUUGGGAAAUUCUUCUACAUUUACUGCCCGAAGUGAAAACAUUGGAAAUAAUCUACAUUGAAGAUGAACUGCCAUCGGCGGAAAAAUUGAAAAUCAAUCUCUGCAAGGACUGUAAAAUGAAGAAAAAAACCAUUCAAAUUGAACGCAAUCCGAUUAUGUACGAGAAACCGACUCUAAUUGCAAUAUUCAGCAGUUCUCCAUCGGAGGAGAAGAAAAUUAUUCAAAAUAUUUUCAACUUUAAUGGUGAAAAAGAUGAGAAUGCUGUACAAAAAUUACCGUGUCCCAUUGUAAUCACAUCAUCAUGUCAAGAUGUUCACAAUGCCGAAGUUAAUUUGUUUCUCACAAAGUUUAAAAACUACGAAAUUGUUUAUAACAAUUACAAUGACUAUUCUUCGCUUCUAAAACUACAUCCAGAGGUAUUUUUUCGACAUUCGCUAUUUGUGGCAAUUCUCAAGCCAAAUGAUGAGAAAAAAUCGAUCAAAAUUUCUUCACAUUAUCCGCAAUUGUGUCAUUAUUGCAAGAAACAAGAGGGAAAAUUGCAGUGUAAACAAUGUCGAGUUGUUUACUAUUGCGAUAAAAAACAUGAAAAUCAGGACAAAAUUAAUCACAGCGAAUUGUGUGAUGUUAUUUGUCGAUUGCGGAAGGAAAUUGAAGGAGGGAAGCAGUUGUUUCACGGGGCGGCUAAACUAGCGAUGGACGAAGAAAAUUGGAUAAAGAUGCGACUAGAAAUACUUAGAAAUGCAGAAAUCAGGAUUAAGAGAAAAUUGACGAAGGAAGAGGAGGAGAUUUUUCUAUUUCCGCGAGCCUGUGGAAUUUGUCACGAGAUCGAUGCGAGUUUGCUGAAGAAUUGCGAAUGCGGGGUAUUCUUGUGCAAAAAGCACAAAAACGAUCCAGAACACAAAAAAGCAUGUGGCGAAUUGUCAAUUGCUUUUAAAAUGUCAACGAGACAGCCGAUUGUAAAUGACAAUUUUUCAAUCUUCAAUGAAACGCCGGAUGAAAAUACAAUGAAAAACUUCGUAGCUACAAUGUUUUCUCUACUGGAAGAAAUUUUCAUCGAUGAAAUGUUCAACGAAAAUUUAUCAGGAAUGACAUUAUUAAAUGCACCAUCAGACAAUAGAAUGACAGUGAAAGGUGAUUUUACAACGAAGAAAUUAUUCACCUCCAAUUUUCUAUCAUCGCCAAUCACAUUAAUUUACGCACUGGAGAAAAUGAACGUGCCAAUCAAAUCAUCAAUGACAAUUCACGUAAUCGGAGAAAAACCUGAAGAUUUUGAAAAGAAAUUCCUCUGGACAUUUCUAUUUUUCAACGUGGAAAAACUUGCUUCACUAAAAUUGAUAUUUAUCGAUUCAGAAUUUAUCGAUUUUCCCGAAAUUCCAAUCAACAAUUUUUCCGAAAUGAAGAUAAAUUUGAAAAUUGAAGGUCACGCUGUAAAUUACGAGAAAUAUUCGUCGAGUGAAAAAUUCAUCAAACCGGACAUUAUUUUUGGAUGUAAUUUAGAGAAGAAAUCCACGAAAUCGGAAAUAUUUUCCGAAAAAGCAAUUUUAGGUUUGAAAAAAUUGCAGGUUCCUUUAAUUCUCACGGCUGGGACAAAAGAACGUGCGGAGAAAAUUCACAGGAUCUUUUCUGCAAAUAAUUUGAAUUACAAGUUUUUCGAGGAAAAUCCAUUUGUUUCUUUGUUGCCGGAACGUGAUUUUGAAACAAAGGGAGUUUUGUAUUCGAAUGAGUAUUUAUUUGGCUACGAUUUUCAAGAUUUGGCGAAUUCAACGGAAGAAGAAGUGAAGCAAGAAGUUUGUGCAUCGACUGAAAUUUCAACAAAAAAUGAUUUCGAAUCAAAGAAGAAGAUUUCUGCCUCGAGUGAAAUUAAUGCAGAAAAAAAAUUGGAAUCGAAGGAAGAAAAGGUUUCCGCAGCUGAAAUUUCGACAAAAACAGAUUUGAAAUCAAAUGAAAAAGUUCCGAAGUCGAAUAAAAAAUCUACAAAAAAUGAUUUCGAAUCAAAGGAAAAGAUUUCUGUCUCGAGUGAAAUUGUUACAGAAAAAAAUUUGGAAUCAAAGAAAGAAAAAGUUUCUGCAGCUGAAAUUAUGUCGAAAGAAAAUUUGGAGCCGAAGGAGAAAGUUUCAAAGUCGAAUAAAAAAUCUACAAAAAAUGAUUUCGAAUCAAAGGAAAAUAUUUCUGGGUCGAGUAAAAUUAAUGGAGAAAAUAAUCUGAAAUUAAAGGAAGAAAAAAUUUCCGCAGCUGAAAUUAUGUCGAAAGAAAAUUUGGAGCCGAAGGAGAAAGUUUCAAAGUCGAAUAAAAAAUCUGCAACAAAUGAUUUUAAAUUAAAGGAAAAUAUUUCUGGGUCGAGUGAAAUUAUUGGAGAAAAUAAUUUGAAAUUGAAGGAAGAAAAAAUUUCCGCAACUGAAAUUUCGAUGGAAGAAAAUUUGGAGCCGAAGAAGAAAGUUUCGGAUAAAAUUUCAACAAAAAAUAAUUUCGAAUCGAAUGGAAAAAUUCCCGAAUCAAAUGAAAUCUCCAGAGAAAAUAAUUUGUCUUCACAGAAAAUUGAUUCUCAACCGAAGGAAAUUGAUACGAAAAAUACUUUUGAACCGACGAAUAAAGAUGAUUUCAAGUCGAGGGAAAAUUCCUCGAAAAAUAAUUUCGAAUCGAAGAAAAAUUCAAAAAAACAAUUGCAAUCAAAGGAAAAGAAUUCCGAAUCGAUUGGAAUUUCGCCAAAAAAUAAUAUCGAUCCGAAAGCAAAAGUUUGUGAACCGAAGGAGAAUGGAUUGAAAUCGAAGGAAAAAAAACAAAAAGAAGUAAAUUCAAAAAUCGACAGCAAUGAAAAGUCGCUAUUUGCGAUGAUAGAAAAAAUCGAAAAAUCCGAGUUGGAAGAAAUAAUUUUCAAAUCUACAGAAAAUAAUCGAGAAUCUUCAAUUCAUGAUAAUUUGAAACAAAGUUCAACGAAAGUGACUGCGAUCGAGGAAUUUUUAGCUAGAGAAGAAAAGAAAUCGGAACAAAAUUCGCAAUUUUUGAAAAUACAACUUUUCGUAAAAGAAGGAAAUGUUUCGAAAGUAAAUGAAAUAUUUCCAAAGACCAUCGAAAUUGUGAAACAAAAUAAAGAAACGGGAGAAAAACAAGGAAAAAUGGACGAAAAGAAAAAUAUAAAAACUCCGAUGAAUUUGAAGAAUGGAAACGAAGAAGAAACAAAAGUGGAAAAAAUCGACAAGGAAGAGAAAGAGACGAAGAAAAUUCAAGAAAUCGGAAAAGAAAAUAACAGUGAUUUUAGAGAAGAAAAUAUCAAAAAGGGGGAAAAUCAAGAAAAGAAAAAAGAAGAGGAAAUUAUUGAAAAUCCUGUGAAUUUACAGGAUAAAAACGAAGAGAAAUCAAAGGUGCAAAAUAUCGACAAGAAAGAAAAUGUAGAGAAAAAGAAAUCACAAAAAAUCGAAGGAGGAAAGAACAAAGUAAAAAAUGGAGAAAAGAAGAAAGAAGAUUUAAUAACCCCAGUGAAUUUGAAGAAUAAAAACGAAGGAAAAACAAAAAUCGACAGCAAAGAAAAUGAGAAGAAAAAAUCAUUAAAAAUCGAAGGAGAAAAAAAUGGAGAAAAACAAGAAGAUAAGAAGAAAGAAGUAAAUUUAAUAACUCCGUCGAAUUUGAAAAAUAAAAACGACGAAGGAACAAAAGUGGAGAAAAACGACAAUAAAGAAAAGGAGACGAAAAAAUCACAAGAAAUCAAAAAAGCAAAUAACAGUGAAAUUAAAGAAGAAAGUAUAGAAAAGGCGAAAAAUCAAGAAAAGAAAAUUGGACAGGAAAAUUUAAUAACUUCGGCGAAUUUGAAAAAUGGAAACGACGAACGAACAAAAGUGGAGAAAAACGACAAUAAAGAAAAGGAGACGAAAAAAUUACAAGAAAUUGAAAAAGAAAAUAACAAUGAAAUUAAAGGAGAAAGUAAAGAAAAGGCGAAAAAUCAAGAAAAGAAAAAUGAACAGGAAAAUUUAAUAACUCCGGCGAAUUUUAAAAAUAGAAACGACGAAGGAAAAGAAGUGGAGAAAAUCAAAAACCAAGAAAUAGAGACAAAAAAACAACAAGAAAUUGAAAAAGAAAACAGCGAAUUUAGAGGAGAAAAUGUAGAAAAGAAAAAACAUCCAGAAAAGAAAAACGGAGAGGAAACUGCAGCUGAAGAAAAAUACAAAGAAUUUGUAGAUCUCUUAAAAAAAAGUAUAAAAAGGACCAACGAUGAUGACGAUGAAACAAAAAAUAUCGAAUUAACCAACAAAAUUUCAAAAUCCAAUCACCAUCGCGACGAAAAAGUAGAACAAGAAUCGAAGAAACCGAAAAUAGAACUCGAAGCAUCCCUUUCACCGGAUUCAUUGUCAGAGGAUGAAAAAAAUUCAUCUCAUCAGAUCGAAAAUAAAAACUCCAAUCAAGAAUUAACAACGAAUAUUUUAGUGAAAAAUUCCGAAAGUGAAUCAUUGUCAUUGGAUUCAUUAUCAGAUGGUGAAAAUGCAUCACUUCAAAUCGAACUUAUGAAUUUAAUCGAAAAACUCGAAAAUAAACCGGAUUUAUCAUUAAAGGAACAAAAUUCAUCUCUUGAGAAGAAAAUUGAAAAAUUACAGGACGAUUUAAAUUCGGCGAACACUGUCAUUGAAAACUUAAGAAAGCAAAUUUUAAUUUUCCAAAAUAUUUAUCCAACGAUUAUUGAUGGUAAUAAUUUAAUAAAAAAAGCUCUUGUUUCAAUUGAGGAGAAUUUCGGGCCCGUUGUCGAGAAAAAAUAAAAAACGAAAAAUUGCUUUUAACAAUGCAAAAUUGUUCUAAAUUUUACUUUUUUUUACUUUUUUUAAUUUUUAAUUUUUUUAAUUUACUACUUUUUAUAUUUUCAAAAUAAUUGUAAUUGAGUUUAACUCACUGUCUUGUAAACGCAUAAAAUGUGUUAUUUAAAAAUCGUCAUUACAAUUUUAGUACUUACGGCAUGUUUUUUAUAUUUUAUUAAAAAUAUUGUUCUCUUAUUGUAAAAAGUUUUACUUGAAUUAAAAAGAAAUAAAUUUUACAAUACACAAAAGGAA